AGUAGGUGAUGGUGUCAGCAAAUCAGCGGCAGGUAGGCGGGGCCAGGUAGGAGCCGGUAGAAGGUUGUGUAUUAUCACCUUGUGUAUUAUCAUUCUCCAGAGUGAGCGCUGAAGCAGGCUGCGGGGCAGUGAGACGCCGGCCCAUAGUGCACAUAGGAGCCGCUCUGUACGCAGGCAGCAGCCUUGUGUCUUUUACAGAUCUGUCUCCUGCCUGGGGCGCACCUCUGGGAAUGGAGCUGCGGGAUGCCAGUUUACGCCGCCUGGCCGUGAAGAGGCAUCUACAUAAGCAUAACCUGAAGCACCGCUAUGAGUUCCUGGAGAGCCUGGGGAAAGGGACGUAUGGCACGGUGAAAAGAGCCCGGGACAAACAAGGCAAAGAGGUGGCUAUUAAGUCGAUCCGGAAGGACCGUAUAAAAGAUGAACAGGAUAUGCUCCACAUCCGGAGAGAGACAGAGAUAAUGAGUUCCAUCUGCCACCCUCAUAUCAUCUCAAUAUAUGAAGUGUUUGAGAACAGCAGCAAGAUAGUAAUUGUGAUGGAGUAUGCAAGCCAAGGGGAUUUGUAUGAUUACAUCAGUGAGAGACAACGGCUCAGUGAACAAGAGGCGAGGCGAUUCUUCAGGCAGAUUGUUUCUGCUAUGCAGCACUGCCAUGAGAACGGGAUUGUACAUCGAGAUCUGAAGCUGGAAAACAUUCUCCUGGAUGAAAACAAAAAUGUGAAGAUUGCAGAUUUUGGACUAUCCAACAUCUAUCACUCAGACAGUUACCUGCAGACCUACUGCGGUAGCCCUCUAUAUGCUUCUCCGGAAAUAGUAAAUGGCCGGCCAUAUACGGGACCUGAGGUGGAUAGCUGGUCUUUAGGCGUUCUUCUUUACAUCCUGGUUCACGGCUGCAUGCCCUUUGAUGGGCAGGAUUACAAGAAGCUAGUAACUCAAAUCAGCUGUGGAGCCUACAAGGAACCAAGCCAACCAUCUGAUGCAUGUGGCCUAAUUCGCUGGCUUCUCAUGGUAAAUCCAGAGCGCAGAGCCACACUAUCUGAUGUUGCCUCUCAUUGGUGGGUGAAUUGGGGAUACCGACAGCCAUUAAGUGAACCGGAAUCUACAAAGGACUCUGACUCCCCGUUUUCUAUUGGUGGAUGGCUUCGAAGAUCCUCUCGCCCUUUGUGGGAUAAUAACUCUAAGAUGCGCUCUUUCUUACGCCAACAUCUUCCAGGUGCCACUAUCACUCGCCAGCGCUCACUCAAGCGUUCCAAGAGGGAAAAUAUGAGUCAGGUAUUAGCAUCUCAGGAUUCCCAGGAAAAGGCCGCAAUUGUGCCACCUGCUCCUAAGAAAGGUAUUUUAAAGAAACCCCAGCAACGAGAAUCUGGCUACUACUCUUCUCCUGAGCACAGUGAGGGAACAACAGUGGGGGAAGAUGAUAUACCUCAAUCUCUUAUUCCAGUUGUGCCAAAAAAUCCUCAGUAUUGCAAUCACGGUUCAGAUGGACAGCAAGAGCCAGUUCCAAAUGUAGUUAGGAAAGGAAUUCUCAAGCGCAAUGGCAAGUUCUCUUCUGCUGGGGCAGCUCCUGAAUUAUCUUUCAAUGCUGUAGACUGUUCUUUGGGGCAUGAAAUGUUACCUGUUUGCUCACUGACUCGUGACAAAGUGCCAUCAUCGGUAAGCCAAGAGAGCAUUCUCUCUACCGAAUCCUUUGAAUUGUUGGACUUUCCUACUAGAUACAGAGAGCGCCCCAGAGGCAGAACUCGUCAUAUGAGGGCGAGUAUCUCUGCAGAAGAUCUUCUAAAAGUGAAUACAGAGGAGGAGAAUGAACAGGACUGUCCUAGACUUUGGAAUAUGAGAUGUUAUCGAGCACGGGUUGCAGAGAGCUGUAUGUCUUUGGGUGUAGCAGAGGAGGAGGCAAUGCAAGUUUAUAGGUCUGCUGUGCUCAUUGGACGGGAACUAAGCUGAGCUACUUAUUUUAUUCGCCCAUAAAGAGACUCUUAUAGACAGCAGAGACCAAAAUACUAGAACACAGAGGCAUUACAUAAAUCACUUAUGCAUUACAGGAUGUUCUAAGAAUAUCUGUGUACAGUGAGAUUUAUGUUACAGCAAAAUCAGAGUCUGCAGAGGGCAAGCAUCAAACUUACAAGUUUGACAAAAUUAUACUGGGGAAUAAACUUUUGGCCUAAGAAAAAAUUGUGUUAGCUAGACCUGAUAAUUGCAAGUUUCUGCCUUAUGAUCACAAUUCCCACAAAAUAUAAAUUUGUGUGCUUAUUGUAAGUAUGUUUGAUAUAUCCAGACCACUGUCUGAGGUACAAAACAACGUGUGUUGAAAAAUGUUAUAAAUCCAUAAUGGAUAAUUGUGACUUGAAUUUACUUUACUACCUUCUUGGGUUAAAAUUACUUUUUGUUUUUGGCGUGAAAUUUUAGUUUAAAACGUAUGCAUUUCCCUGCAAAGUUAGAAUAAAGGUCACAGGUCACGUAGGCAUGCAUGGAAAUCCUCUGUUCUACGUCCAUUCAAUGAAAAGAAAAUAAACUAGUGAAGAAUUAUUCAGGGAUUUAAAAACUGCAUAUGAAAUAAAACUGGAUGGCACAAAAUAUUAAUAGAUUUAAUAAUAGAAUUAGUGUAAUUAAUUUCUGCUGGAGGCGUUUAGUUGAAGCCAAUCUUUUUUUUCAGCAUUGAUUAAUUAUAUUUGCACAUUGUUUGGCAUUGGUUUGCAGUCCAGUGGAAAAAAUUAUUAUUACUUUUUUAAUUUGUAGCAUGAAUGUGUGUCCAUUUACUCACACCCACAUGAUUUUGAGACUUGACAUGCAUUUUUUUUAUUAAAGGGAUAGAGGAACAUACUUUUAAAUUAAUUAUGGCUGAAACUAGAUACAUAUGUGGAGCAAAACAACCACGCUGCCCCUAAAUAGUUUUCAUUUAAUAUGAACUUAUUUUUGUAUUUUUUUAUUUUUUUUCUUGAUCUUUGUGUAGUAAUGUGUUUGAUUUUUAAUGAUGCCAAGCUUUAGCACUACACAAGUCAUUGGCACUGUUUAAAAAAAAAAAUAGAAUAAAAAAUACUCAAAGCCUUAACACUACACAGUAUAACCAAGAAAUGAUAAUGUAAUGGUUCAUAAUUUUUUUUUUUUUUUUUUAUUUUAAUAUAAUUGAACCUUUUUGCUGCAAGACAAGCUCUCUCUUGGUCUCCUUCAGCAGUGGAAGAACAAAGGCAAAAACACUACUUUUGCUUGUUUUGGUAUUGUGUAAAUAUUUGUGAGUGUGACUUUCCAAGCAAGUGGUAUGUGGUGUGUUUUGCUGCCAGUGAGGAAUUAAGGGCAUUUUCUAUAAAAAGGGUGUGAUGGAGGGAGGGUUGGCCGAUAAAUAAUUGUCUUGUAUGUUUUUGUUUUUUUUCUAUUUUGGUCCAGAUAUUUUCAGGAAAUUAAACCAAAUUAUGAAAAUGUA